CUUCGGAGUCCCCCGGUUGAGGAAGUCAAGUCGCUGACAGGGCUGGGCUCCCGGAGAGAGGUUUAGGAACAGCAGCCCCUCGGAAGGGAUAAAAAUAAUAAUAAAAAAAGGAAAAAGCAUAUGCAAAAAUAAGCGAACGAAAGGCUAAAGCAGUCAAUCAGAAUAUACUCACUUCCGACACUGAGAGCCGCAGACAUGAAUGAACAGCAGCUGGAUUGUGCCCUCGACCUGAUGAGGCGCCUGCCUCCCCAGCAGAUCGAGAAGAACCUCAGCGACCUCAUCGAUCUGGUACCCGCCCUGUGCGAAGACCUGCUGUCCUCUGUGGACCAGCCCCUGAAGAUCGCGCGUGACAAGGUAGUGGGCAAGGACUACCUACUCUGUGACUACAACCGCGACGGCGACUCCUACAGAUCCCCCUGGAGUAAUAAGUAUGAGCCUCCGAUCGACGACGGCGCCAUGCCGUCUGCCCGGCUGCGCAAGCUGGAGGUGGAGGCCAACAACGCCUUCGACCAGUACAGAGACCUGUACUUCGAGGGGGGUGUGUCAUCAGUCUACCUGUGGGACCUGGACCACGGCUUCGCAGGUGUAAUUUUGAUCAAGAAGGCUGGGGACGGCUCCAAGAAGAUCAAAGGAUGCUGGGACUCCAUCCACGUGGUGGAGGUUCAGGAGAAGUCCAGUGGCCGCACAGCUCAUUACAAGCUGACCUCCACUGUGAUGCUGUGGCUGCAGACCACCAAGACGGGCUCUGGCACCAUGAACCUAGGUGGCAGCCUCACCAGACAGAUGGAGAAAGAUGAGACAGUGGGGGAGUCUUCCCCACACAUCGCCAACAUCGGCCGCCUGGUGGAGGACAUGGAGAAUAAGAUUCGGUCCACUCUAAAUGAGAUCUACUUUGGGAAGACAAAGGACAUUGUCAAUGGACUGAGGAGCGUUCAGACCUUGGCCGACAAGUCAAAGCAGGAGGCUCUGAAGAACGACCUAAUGGAGGCGCUCAAACGCAAACAACAGAGUUAGAUGCUCCCUCUCUCUCUCCCUCCCUCCCUCUUUGUCUGUCUCCUCCUCUCCUUCGCCUCACUCCCAGCAUCAGUCUGUGUCUGUUUCCCUGUCUCGCUCCAUCGCUCCCUCUCUCCAUCCUCACCGUAGGUGCUGCUCUCUUGUCCAUCGGUCUAAAAUAAAAGAGAAGCCGUGUUUUUCGUUGGUUCUUCUGCGUUUUCUCGUUUUUCAUCACAUUUUUUUUAUGAUAUAUAUUUUUGGAAGCAUCUCAUCCUCAUAAGGCAUUCACCCUCUGUGUUGUUACUGUUAUGAAUAUUAGUGUUAUGAUCAUUGAUUAUUAUAUACACCAUGAUAGCGAUGUUAAUAAAUCACAGAGGCUCUUUCAUCGUCAGUGUCUCGAGGGGCAAGUCAUGAUAGCACCAUCCCUCUGCCCUGCAGCCUACCUCUUGCAUGGCGAAGUAGAAGUGGUGGGGGGUGGGUGGGGGAUCGGACUGAUUAGUGCCGGUUAUCAUAUUCAGCAACUAUUUAUUUUCUAUUCUUAUAUUGAUUAUAUAUAUAUUGUUAUAUUGGUAUUAUCUCUGCCCCCCAUCUCGUUGUAAGAAAUAUACAUGUUACUCUUCUCACUGUAAAGAGGUUGGGGAGGCGUGUCACUGGCUUAUGAUUAUGAUUAUUAUGAUUGUUAUUAUGAUUAUUACUGGGCAACGGUUAGUGCUGUCUCUGGCUUUCAGGAAGGGGGACAAACGGAGACAGACAGACAGGUGGGAGGAGGAGUGAAUGGAUUAAUUGUAUAUUACUUUGUCGUUGCUUGUCCCUCUCUCUCCCUUUUUCUGUUUUUGGGGGGCAUGGAUUCUGUCUCUGUCUUGCAGGAA